AUGGACAUGUUUCUAAAUUAUCUUGCACAGGUAGCCUACCUGUGCUUCCACCUCCUCGGCGCAGCUUCCAGGCUGGUCUUCCAGCCGCGUCCUGCUGAUUAUGUGCGACAUCUAGCUGAUCAACCUUCAAAUGACCGCCCUUCUCGUUCUACGCUACAUAACGAGGAAUUGAUCGGAUCCCGUGCGGACGGCGCCCUGCAGAGGCUGCAAGAAGGACUUAAGGCCUACCGCUUGACGGCAUCGAUCGAAGCACCGCAGAAGUUUAUCCCCAGAUCGCACCUCCAACGCCUGGUUAGAGAGAGUGUUCAAGAAAUUCUCCGCGAGCAGUCAAUUGUGGAAGACAAAAAAAUUCCGUUAUUUAGCCAGCUGAUCUCCGAAGAGGCAACCCAGCUCUUUGCCACUCUGGUCGAUGUGAAGAAAGAGCACCAUAUAAUCGACUUUUUGGAGGAGGGUAUAAGAGACAAAAGCCUGCCCUUUGUGCGAACCCGAAAGCUCCGCAGAUUAGGCUCUGGCCUCCUCACUAGGCAGAAAAAGCCGAUUCAAACAAUAAACGACUGGGAUUGGCAGUCUAUCGAGGCCCUGGAGAACAAACAAUACCGCGUCUUGAGCCCCGUCUUCCGAAGUGGAGCACACUACGAGCUAGAUAAUUUGCACAUCCUUCCCUUCAUUGAACAGGAAACAGAGGUCGAGAAUGUACCUAUGGAAGCAGGGGGAUAUGGGGAAGUGUCGAGAGAGUGUAUCCACCCGGACCACCAUGAGUUCCAAACCUCGCCCGCGCGGGAUGGUCUCGUUGUAGCUGUCAAGCGUGUGUUCCGCAAAGCCGAUUUCGGGCUCGAAAGAAAGGUCUACCUAGACCUGGGCCCAAUUCGCCAUCCUCAUCUUAUCGAGCUCUUAUUCACUUUUCGAAAAAAGGAUAAAUACCAACUUGUGUUUCCCUGGGCUGAUGGAAAUUUGAAGGACUACUGGGAAAGAAGCCCAGUCCCUGAGUUUACCAGGGACCUCCUCCUGUGGUCGCUGGAGCAGAUGGCCGGAAUGGCAAGUGGAUUGGCCUGCUUCCACGAAUUCACAAAUCCGGCACACGGACAUACUCGGUUUGGACGUCAUGGAGAUAUCAAAGCACAAAAUAUUUUAUGGUUUCACGCUGAAAAUGUGCUCAAGAUCGCCGACUUAGGGGUAGCCAAUGUGCGUGGCAGGGACUCCCGGUCUAACAUCCCCCCCAGCACUGUGGCUGACUCGCCAACCUACUCGCCGCCAGAUAUCCAACGGCAACAACACAUCUCUCGCAAGUGGGAUAUCUGGAGUCUUGGAUGUUUAUACCUGGAGUACAUCACCUACCUCGUUCUCGGAUGCCCAGCCAUUCUUAGGUUCUCAAGCCUGCGCCGUGAGCCCAGCAGUCAAUAUCCAGAACUGUUCACUGACGAGUUUUAUGCUACCGACUAUGAAUCCGUAAAGCCGUCUGUCAAUGAUUGGGUUGCCCAGCUCCAGCAGAACUCACGCUGCUCAUGUGUACUGCAUGACCUCCUCAACCUCAUCAUGACGGAGAUGAUCGUCAUCGAUUCCCCAACGCUCGAAGUACCUCACUCGGGAUGUACAAGAAAAUAA